AAAAAAUCACAAAAAGGACGAGAUGGAGAGAUGGAGAGAAAUGAGAUGAAAAUAAAAAAAAGACAGCGACAUAAAAAUACUGGAAUCAAUGGGAAAAAUGGAAAAUAAUAGGGACAUUGCAUGGAUAGGCAACGGUCUGUCUGCCACGGUAGGGGUGCAUGGCACAGAUAAAGCGUUACCUCCGACAAUGGCCUCGUCUUGGAUCAAGGUCGUGGAGGCUUGCCGGGGAUCUCGCUCAAUCUGGUUUUCAAAAAUGGCACUCGAAUGCACCGAUAAGCCUAAUGAAGUCGAGGUCGGAGGUGGUGAGACCGGAACAUUUAGAGUUAGCUUGGGAUAUGAGUUCUGUUCAAGAAAGGAGUCACGUACUUCUCCAGCUCUUUUCUUGUCAAAGAGAAAAGACGUCCACAUUCACAAGGGCAUGGGUGUUUGCAGACACGACCUUCUUGACUAUCUCAGAAGCAGCAAUGACUUUGUAGACAGUCUUGGGUUCUGCUUGACGUCGGUCCUGUACUUGGACUUGAAUCCUUCGCCAAGGUGGCAAUGGCUUGGUCGAAGUCACGGCCACCGAGGUGCUUGUGGUGGGCAGAACCCAAGAUCAUUGACUCAACAGAGAAAACGGUAUGAAAAAAUGAUAAUGCCAAAAAAUGGUGAUGACGGAAAAGAGAAUGGAAAAGGUUUGGCGUGGGUAAUGGCAGCGGAACUGGAUGGAAAUGGCAGUAAGCUGCGAAAUUUGUAAAACUGGCAACAAAACUGGCAGCAAGGUUGCCAACGUAAUUGGCAAAACAUUGGCAACAAAACUGGCAUGGAAUUGAGAUGAAAAAUGGUAUGGAAAUGAUACUGCAAUUGGUUGAGGAAUGGUAUGAAAUGAAAAUGAAAAUGGCAUGAAAAGACAAACAUUACAUCGAAAAUGAACAAUAAAAGAAUGCAAAAAG